AUGCAUCAUCUUAGCCUCACCACUUUUGCAGCGUCGCUCCUGGCGACUGUAGCUACUGCUGCUAGCAAUACCAGUCCCUUUUCUCUUUAUGCUUAUGGAACUGGCGUUGGCGGCCUUCCCAUCUUUUCUUCCGGCAGUGAAAUCUUUGUUGGCAACUUCAGCAAAAUCGACGACUCCGAGGCAGCCCCGAUUUUGUUCACCGUGGGAGAUGAUGCAUGGUAUGCCUCUCCAAACACGACUGGCUAUGCCGAAGGACGUGAGCCGAGCUGGUCCAAACUCACUUUCGCUGUCCCCGGACCGUCGUCGUCUUCUCACAGCGUCAAACUGAUCAAUAGCACGGUCGAUACCGAUGCUUAUGUGACUGAUCUGAUGUUCUAUGGCACUUUUGUCAUGGUCGAAGAGGAUGGACAAAUGACUUCGCUUUGGUAUGCCACGCCAUCGGAGACCGAUGGUGUUUAUGUCAUUGGUUGGAAUUCUUCGGAUGCUGGCCAUUCUGACAAUAAGGUCACCAUUACACUGAAGAAGACUCCACCGUCAAACCCCAGUCCCAGGGAUCACGGAGACGACGAGUGA